AUGAUGGACCAUACUGUAAUCUGGUCACUCAUCGUGGGCACCGCCGUUGCCGCGACAAUCUACUUGUUAUCGCAGCGUCAAACGGCACCAGAGGCGGGGCUUGAAGUCACUCAGCUCUAUGUAUAUCCAGUGAAGGGAUUGAGAGGAUGCGCAAUUGACAAAGCACGCCUUGGUCCAUUCGGCUUCGAAGGAGACAGAACCUUCUGUCUCCAGAAAGUGAAAAGAGACGGCGACUCGGAACCCCAAUAUGAAACCAUGUUCAUCGGAUAUCACCUCAAGCUUGCGCUUUUCCAGGCUGCUAUCGACUACGACAAGAGCCAAGUGACAAUCCAGUGGAAUGCGGACAAGACCGACGACAGCAUUCAUUUCCCUCUGAAGCCUUCUCUGGAAGGUCGCAAGGUCAUUGAAGCCAAUCUCCAUACAAGCACUACUAAAGCUUACGACAUGGGAGAUGACCUUUCGAAAUGGUUUUCCGAUCGCCUCGACCAAGAAGUGCGAUUGGUCUACAUCGGCGACGGCUCAAGAGCUGUUUUAGGAUCUCUGGCACCUCAUAGCUCCGAUGGUUUACAAAAGGCCUCAUUCACUCAGCGGCUGAAGAACAGCAUUCCAUUCCUUGCACAUCCACCCGAACGAAUUACUUUUAGUGAUCUCGCACAUUACCUGGUUGUCACAGAAGAGUCUAACAACGAAGUAUCAUCCCGCUUGAGCGAAGGCUACUCGAUGGAUGUCACCAAGUUCCGACCCAAUAUUGUUGUCUGUGGCGCUUCGGGAGCCUUUGCCGAGGACUUUUGGGCAGAGUUAGUAUUCGAUGGUGGAGUACGAAUGGCGAUGACAGCCAAUUGCUUUCGAUGCCAGAGUAUUACCGUGGAUUAUGAGACUGGAAAGACAGCGGCCGAUGAUACGGGCACCGUUUGGAAGAAGUUGAACAAAGAUCGACGAGUGGACAAGGGAGCCAAGUAUAGUCCUGUCUUUGGACGAUAUGGCUUCUGUUAUGGUGACGACAUGAGCAAGACGCUUUCGGUUGGGCAACGAGUCAAUGUCACCCGCGUCAACAAGCAGCGAACGACCAUGGACUGGCCGACACUCAGCACUUUUGGUGUUUCACAGAAGAAAUAA